GCUCACAUGCAGCGGUCGCAUGCAGCAGGCAUUCCAAUGGCAAACGAGUCCACGCUCAGUCAUCUGCCACUGAGAGCAGAGAGAAGGAGGAGGCAGGAAGGAGCAGCAGCUAUACUACAGCAGCCUGACUGAGAAGGAAAAGAAAGAGGGCGUGUGAAAGGAGUCACAGUUUUUGGCAUACAAAAACACAAACAAUUUAAAGGGCAAAGAAAGGAGGGGGAAAGCUCAGUCACAUUUCUAAGACACCUGAAAACGUGUUUGUGUAUGUGAUGCUUGUGCAUGGCUCAAACUAGUUGUACAGCUCUGCCUUGGAGAACGGUGCCAGCACAUUUGCUCUGAUUGUUUUGGAGGAAUACGCUACUGUAUUGCACACGAUACAGUCUUUAAGGACAUCUUUCAAAGAGUGAGGACGGCUCAUUGCCCUGCUUACCUGAAGGACAUUAUAGAUUACAUUAUAGAGUGCACUUCUUUUUCGAGACAUUUCCUAACAGACUUCUUGAAGUUCUCAUCUGUGUGAAGGGAAUUUCAAGCACGCUGAAAAUUAUAGACGCGACUCAGAUACCUGCAUUUCCUUCAUUAACACUCGGAACAGACACCAUGGACGGGAGUCCAGGUGGAGGAGUGAUUCUAUAUGCAAGCUCAACAGGAAGCGCCAGCCCCAGUCCAGGAAGCCCAUCCAGUGGGUACCAGACACAGUCUCCAGCCUCUCAACCCUCAUCCCCAGAGGAGGUAUCUUUCACUGAGCUUGGCGCCCUUAAAAAACAUCCAGCUGGAAGCAAUGGAAGUUCUGCAGGGGCCAACAAACUGGUUUUCCAAUUUCCAGAAGUAAGCAGUGCUACUGCUGUAAACCCAGUUACCCCAACCGUAACAUCAUCAGGGCAAAACACCUACUCUCAUCCAAUGGUUGGCAGACGACCCAGUGGGUUCACGGGUACCUUUACCAAAACAGGAGGUAUGGUGUUGCUUUGCAAAGUAUGUGGGGAUAUUGCAUCAGGAUUUCACUAUGGUGUCCAUGCAUGUGAGGGAUGCAAGGGUUUCUUCCGCCGCAGUAUCCAGCAGAACAUCCAUUAUAAGAUGUGUGUGAAGAAUGAAAACUGUCUGAUCAUGAGGAUGAACCGCAAUCGCUGCCAGCACUGUCGAUUUAAGAAGUGCCUCUCUGUCGGCAUGUCCAGAGAUGCUGUGCGAUUUGGGCGCAUCCCGAAACGUGAGAAACAGCGCCUACUGGAGGAAAUGCAGAGUUACAUGAACAGCCUUAAUGAAUCAGCAUCCAUGGACAUCAACUGUAAUACACCCACCGAGACUACUACCAGCCCUGAAGAUGGCCAGUCAGAGGAGGCCAUUGGUGUUAUCUCUCAAGCUUAUCGCAAUAUCUUUGUGAACGGGGAGAAGUUGUUAGUGAAGGUUAAUGAUGACAACAUUAAUAAAAACAAUCCUUCUUCCUUCCGUCAUAAUCCAAUACAAGAAUCUGGCUACAGCCAGUCUCACCCACACCCAAACAUCUCAUCCCAAGAACAUUCCAUCCAUUCCACAACAAGCUGUCUACCCCAGUCCAGAUGUCCGGUCACCAACCAUAACAACAAACCGACAACCCAUGUUAUGGACAACAGUCACUAUAACUUCCCACAGUCCUCAAGUCCCCACAGUCCCAGCCAGGGAACUACACCUCCUCAAAGCUAUCCAUCAAAGCACAACAAUUAUUCCACUCAGACGUCUUGUCCUUGGAGACUGAGCCCUGGUGCUAAAGUUCUGGCAUGUCCUCUCAAUGCAUGCCCCGUCUCCCCAGCAAGUCACUCCAGUCAACAGGUCUGGGAGAGUUUCUCCCAGUGCUUCACUCCAGCUGUUAAAGAAGUGGUUGAAUUUGCCAAGAGCAUUCCAGGGUUUCAGGCCCUGAGUCAACAUGAUCAGGUCAUGCUGCUGAAGGCAGGAACCUUUCAGGUUCUAAUGGUGAGGUUCUGCUCGCUGUUUAAUGCCAAGGAACGUACUGUAACAUUCCUAAAUGGUCAGACCUACCCGUUGGCAUCACUACGAGUGCUAGGGAUGGGUGGCCUACUCGACGCCAUGUUUGAGUUCAGUGAGAAGCUGGGGAACAUGGGUCUGGAGGCAGAUGAGAUGGCCCUCUUCAUGGCUGUAGUGCUGGUUUCUGCAGAUCGUUCAGGUAUCUCAGAUGUGGGAGCCGUAGAGCAGCUCCAAGAGGAUUUGAUCGGCGCUCUUCGCGCUCUCAUCACUCGCCGAAGACCAGAAGACAGCUCACUCUUCCCCAAACUCCUGCUACGUCUGCCUGACCUCCGUACCCUCAACAACCAGCACUCCGAGAAACUCCUCGCCUUCCAUAUUGACCCCUAAAAACAAAAAGAGACAAUUACCAGAGUCUACACAUUGAUAAUAAGGGGUCGAAACACAGAUUCAGGGUGCUCUUGUACAAAUAAGCCAUGCAUAAUUCAGGAUAAACAUCUGAUUUUUGACUAGCACUUACACAGACACCUCAGACUUGCUCCACCACAAGAAAAAAAAAGACAUUGAACUUUUCCAGUGUAAUAUAAGAAGUAUAGAAGUACAGAGCAGAUGCUGGACAUUUGGACUUUUUAGGAGUGUUUUCAACAAAAACUAAAAACAGAGGAAGAUGGUAUAGAUUUUUCUUUCUACAAAGACGAUUGACAAGAUCAUGAGGUGGUGGAUGUUUUUAAACAAUGCUGUUUUGUAAACAGUGUUUUUCAGUGUCAAGAUCAGUGUCGGUAUAAAGUUUUGGAAUGUUAUAAGUAAUUUUCUCACUCCGGAUGCUAUGCAUUUAUCAUCAUGUUGUUCAAAACAUUGUACAAAUUUUCAGAUAAACUUCUCAUAUUGCAUUUUCAGCUAUUUAAAUUCAAUUGCACAAUUCAUUAAUUUCAUUUAACACAUUCUUGUAUCUCUUUGUGGACCUUUAUAAAUAUUGUUUAUUGCUUAGGCAGUCAAAACCUUGGUUGUAAAAAAAAAAACAUGUAUUAUAAUUGAAAUAUAUGAUAGUUUCUUAUAACUGUAUAAUACUGUAGUAUGUAUUCUUGUAUGGUAAUAUCAUGACAGUACCAGGGACAAUGAGUCGUUUAAUGAAGAAAGGACGGCUGAACGUGUAUUUACAAGAGCUUUGCAUGGAUAUGGUUUAUUCUACCCUUUGCAGUUCAGAAUUUUCUGAGUGUCUUGUAUCAGAGGGUGGGUUAGCAGCAAAGUGGACUUUGCCAUGUCUACACAAAUUCAGUUCAUUUAUUUCAUGUGCAUCUAAAUGUAUAUUUGGUAAAUGUAUUAUGUAUAUCUUUUUACAUAGAGAUUAUGUGAUAAUAAAACUUACCUUUCAA